CUCAGCUUUAACACACCUUGGCCAGAUCUGGUUAAAAAAAGUGGCACUGCAAAUUUUUAGAAGAAAGGCAUCAGGGGAAGAAAGAGAGAGGGGAUAUCUAAGAAAACUUGUUUCCAGAUCCUCCAAACUCCUAAGCCAGGUGGCUAUGGGAUGGAUGUGACUAAGAAAAACAAGCAAGAUGGCACUGAAGUCACUGAAAGAAUUAUUACAGAAACAGUAACUACAAGACUUACAUCCUUACCACCAAAAGGGGGAACCAGCAAUGGCUAUGCUAAGACAGGCUCUCUCGGUGGAGGGAGUCGGCUAGAGAAACAAAGCCUGACUCACGGCAGCAGUGGCUAUAUCAACUCAAGUGGAAGCAUCCGAGGCAGCACCUCCACCUCCAGUUACCGGAGGGCUCAUUCGCCCGCCUCCACUCUACCCAACUCUCCAGGCUCAACCUUUGAAAGGAAAACGCGCGUGACCCACCAUGGAGCAUAUGAAGGGAGCUCCAGUGGUAACUCUUCCCCGGAAUACCCCCGGAAGGAAUUUGCAUCUUCUUCGACCAGAGGACGCAGCCAGACACGAGAGAGUGAAAUUCGAGUUCGAUUGCAGAGUGCAUCGCCAUCUACCAGAUGGACAGAACUGGAUGAGGUCAAGCGUUUGCUCAAGGGGAGCCGAUCCGCGAGUGCCAGUCCUACCAGGAACACCUCCAACACACUCCCCAUCCCCAAGAAGGGCACUGUGGAGACCAAAAUGGUGACAGCAAGCACCCAGUCAGUGUCAGGAACCUAUGAUGCGACAAUACUGGACACCAACCUUCCCUCGCAUAUGUGGUCCUCCACCUUGCCUGCAGGGUCCUCCAUGGGGACCUACCACAACAACAUGACAACCCAGAGCUCCUCCCUCCUCAACACCAAUGCCUACUCAGCAGGAUCAGUCUUUGGAGUUCCCAAUAACAUGACGUCCUGCUCACCCACCCUGCACCCCGGGCUCAGCACCUGCUCCUCAGUGUUUGGCAUGCAGAACAAUCUGGCCUCCAGCUCAUCUGCCCUGUCCCAUGGCACGGCCACUACUUCCACAGCAUAUGGUGUGAAGAAAAACAUGCCCCAGGCCCCUGCUGUUGCAAGCACUGGUGUGUCCACUUCUACUACCUGUACCACCAGUGUCCAGAGUGAUGACCUCUUGCACAAGGACUGUAAGUUCCUGAUUCUGGAGAAAGACAAUGUGCCAGCCAAAAAGGAGAUGGAGCUCUUGAUCAUGACCAAGGACAGCGGGAAGGUCUUUACUGCCUCCCCGGCUACCAUCACUGCAACUUCCUUUUCAGAAGACACCCUGAAAAAAGAAAAGCAGGCUGCAUACGCCGCUGACGCCAGCCUGAAGGCAGAUGUGAAUGGAGAUGUGAACACUGUGUCUACAAAAGGAAAAGCCACCUCUGCAGAAAUCCACGGCUAUGACCGAGGUGGCGGUGGAGGCAAAGGCGGUGGAGAAAGAGGCGGUGGAGGCAGAGGCGGUGGUGGUGGUGGUGGUGCUGGCGGCGGGGGAGCAUGGGAUGCUGCACCUGCCUGGUGCCCCUGCGGAUCCUGCUGCAGCUGGUGGAAGUGGCUGCUGGGCCUGCUGCUCACCUGGCUGCUGCUGCUGGGGCUGCUCUUUGGCCUCAUCGCUCUGGCCGAGGAGGUGAGGAAGCUGAAAGCCCGCGUGGAUGAGCUAGAGAAGAUAAGGGGCAGUGUGGUGUAUUAUGAGGACAAGAUGGAAAGGAGCAAUAAGGACCGCCUCCAGGGUGAGGCGCCCGGCGUGGGAUCCAGAUUAGGCAAAGCAGGGCUGGAUGGCCCCAGCCAGGAGGCCAUCUGGCUCUUUGUGAGGAACAAGCUGAUGACAGAACAGGAAAAUGGAAAUCUUCGAGGAAGCCCUGGUCCUAAAGGUGACAUGGGAAGUCAAGGCCCUAAAGGAGACCGAGGCCUCCCUGGGACUCCAGGUAUCCCUGGGCCUCUGGGCCACCCUGGACCAGAAGGACCAAAGGGACAAAAAGGCAGCGUGGGAGAUCCUGGUAUGGAAGGACCCAUGGGCCAGAGAGGACGAGAAGGCCCCAUGGGACCUCGUGGUGAACCUGGGCCUCCUGGGUCCGGAGAGAAAGGAGACAGAGGAGUUGCUGGAGAACCAGGUCCUCAGGGACCUCCUGGUGUCCCUGGUUCUGUGGGCCCCAAAGGUUCCAGUGGCUCACCUGGUCCCCAAGGGCCCCCAGGUUCUAUGGGUCCCCAAGGACUCCGAGGUGAAGUGGGACUCCCUGGUGUCAGAGGUGACAAAGGACUUAUGGGACCACCAGGACCCAAAGGUGACCAGGGUGAGAAAGGACCCAGAGGCCUCACAGGGGAACCUGGCACGAGAGGUUUGCCUGGAGCCGUGGGCGAACCUGGAACCAAGGGUGCAAUGGGCCCCGCUGGUGCCGACGGACAGCAAGGCCCAAGAGGUGAACAAGGCCUUACAGGGAUGCCUGGAACUCGUGGCCCACCAGGACCUUCUGGAGACCCAGGAAAGCCAGGUCUCACAGGACCCCAAGGACCUCAGGGACUUCCAGGUAGCCCUGGCCGACCAGGAACUAAAGGUGAACCUGGUGCUCCAGGCAGAGUGGUGACCUCAGAGGGAUCAUCAACAAUCACUGUCCCAGGCCCUCCAGGACCUCCCGGUGCCAUGGGACCCCCAGGACCUCCAGGAACCCCAGGCCCUGCUGGCCCUGCUGGUCUCCCAGGACAACAAGAAGGUGUUGACUUACGAGGUCCCCCUGGUCCACCUGGGCCACGCGGGCCACCAGGGCCUUCCAUCCCGGGCCCACCAGGACCCCGAGGCCCACCAGGAGAAGGCUUGCCAGGCCCACCAGGAUCUUUCCUGACUGAUUCAGAAACCUUCUUCUCUGGACCUCCAGGCCCACCUGGACCUCCAGGCCCAAAAGGAGACCAAGGUCCCCCAGGCCCCAGAGGACAUCAAGGGGAACAAGGCCUUCCAGGGUUCUCAACCUCAGAUGCUGGUUCUCUUGGAUUCAACCUUCAGGGACCACCAGGCCCUCAGGGACCCAAAGGUGACAAAGGUGAUCCUGGUGUCCCAGGUACUCCUGGAAUCCCUGGUGGUCCCUCCUCUCGAGGGGGAUCAUCAAGCACAAUGUAUAUGCAGGGCCCACCUGGCCCUCCAGGGCCCCCUGGGCCUCCAGGUUCACUCAGAAGCUCUGGCCAGGAGAUCCAGCAGUACAUCUCAGAGUACAUGCAGAGUGACAGCAUUAGGACUUAUCUCUCUGGAGUUCAGGGUCCCCCAGGUCCACCAGGUCCCCCAGGGCCUGUCAUCACCCUUACAGGAGAGACUUUUGACUACUCCCAGCUGGCAAGCCACGUCGUGAGCUAUUUGCGAACAUCAGGCUACGGUGUCAGCUUGUCCUCUGCCUCCUCCUACGAAGAUAUCCUGGCCGUGCUGCGCCGGAAUGAUGUUUGGCAGUACCUCCGUCAGCACCUGAUUGGCCCUCCAGGUCCCCCAGGGCCACCAGGAACCAGUGGAGAUGGGACUUCCUUGUCCUUGAACUAUGAAGAGCUAAGCAGACGCAUUCUCAACUAUAUGUCAAGUUCUGGGAUCACCAUUGGGCUUCCUGGCCCACCAGGCCCGCCUGGCCUGCCGGGAACAUCCUAUGAGGAACUACUUGCCUUGCUCCGAGGGUCUGAAUACAGAGGCAUCAUAGGACCUCCAGGGCCUCCAGGGCCUCCCGGGAUGCCAGGCAAUGCGUGGUCCAGCAUCAGUGUGGAGGACCUCUCGUCUUACUUGCACACUGCUGGCUUGUCCAUCAUCCCAGGCCCUCCAGGCCCUCCGGGACCUGCAGGUCCCAGAGGGCCUCCAGGUGUCUCAGCAGCUCUGGCCACCUAUGCUGCUGAAAACAGUGACAACUUCCGCAGCGAGCUGAUUAGUUACCUCACAAGUCCUGAUGUCCGCAGCUUCAUCGUUGGCCCUCCAGGCCCUCCAGGACCACAGGGACCACCUGGAGACAGCCGCCUAGCCUCACGGGACAACUAUAAUUGGGGUAGCAGCUCCUCCAUCAGACGGGGCACUUCCCACAGCUCUUCCAUGGGCAUAGGAGGUGCCAAUGGAGGAUCCCUGGGUGAAGAUGGAACCUUUGGUGCUGGAGAUGGAGGCCCCUAUGGCACUGAUGUUGGCGGCUACAGGGCGGCCGCAGGAGGUGGCAUGUAUGGUUCCAAUGGUGAAUCAUUUGGGGCUGGCUUUGCUGGAGACCUGGAUUACAACGAGCUGGCAGUGCGAGUGUCGGAGAGCAUGCAGCGUCAGGGCCUACUACAAGGGAUGGCCUACACUGUCCAGGGCCCACCAGGUCUGCCUGGGCCCCAAGGCCCCCCUGGCAUCAGCAAAGUCUUUUCUGCCUACAGCAAUGUGACACAGGACCUCGUGGACUUCUUCCGGACUUAUGGAGCUAUCCCAGGACCACCCGGGCAGAAGGGAGAGGUGGGCACCCCAGGACCCAAAGGUGACCGGGGUCCUGCUGGACCACGAGGUCUUCCUGGGCCACCUGGCCCUCGAGGGCACAAAGGAGAGAAAGGAGACAAAGGUGACCAAGUCUUUGGUAGGCGGAGGAAGAGAAGCAUCGGCAUCAAGCCAUGAGCUGGACUUGGCAGAGCCACCAAGUACUGGGACCAGUCCUUGCAACACACAUGGGCGCCUAUGUGAAAUUCUCACUGGAAGGUGAAAAGUGGAAUUGAUCAACAUCCUGCUGAGACCAAUAGUUACCUAGCAAUGCUUGUUUUAGUCCGAGCGGAAUAUAUACAUACAAAAAACGCCAAGGCACACAAUCUGAGACAGCCUCAUUGGGUGGACCUUAAGAGUAACUGCAAUGUCUAAGAUGAGAUUCUCUGCUAUCUAGAUCUGAGCUCCUUGGCUUC